AUGGCGGAAGAGAAGUUCGCACAGGCAUCAGAGGCGUCCACGCUGGACGAGUUGAAAGGCCCCAAGCUGGCCGCCGCUGGUGAGGGCCGCGGUCUGCGGCAUACCCACAGCAGCACAGACCAGGAGGCGCAGUCCGUAGACUGGAACUACGAUGGCAAGCACGAGGGCAUCCGGCUCAAGAAGGACCUGCAGGCACGUCAUGUGUCGAUGAUAGCCAUCGGCGGGUCGCUAGGGACCGGGCUGCUGAUCGGCACGGGCAGCUCGCUGAUGCGAGCGGGACCGGGGUCGAUCCUGAUUGCGUACAGCAUCAUGGGGUGGGUGGUGUUCACAGUGAUGUCGUGCCUGGGGGAGAUGGCGGCGUACAUUCCGCUGGACGGGUUCACGUCUUACGCCACCCGGUACGCGGACCCUGCGCUGGGCUUUGCCGUGGGGUGGGCGUAUCUGUUCAAAUACCUGGUGCUCACUCCCAAUCAGCUGACGGCAGGCGCGCUAGUGAUACAGUUCUGGAUACCCGCCGCACGGGUCAGCCCGGGCGUGUGGAUAACGGUGGUGCUGGCGGUCAUUGUCGUGAUUAACACGGUGGGGGUGCGUUUCUUCGGGGAAUUCGAGUUCUGGCUGUCUAGUUUCAAGGUGCUGGUCAUGCUGUGUGUGAUGAUCCUGCUGCUCGUGCUCGCCCUCGGUGGGGGGCCGACCCAUGAUCGGCUGGGAUUCCGCUACUGGAGUGACCCUGGAGCAUUCAAAGAGUAUUCGAAGAAAGACACGCACAUUAAGGGCGGCCUCGGCAAGUUUGUGGCCUUCUUGUCGGUGUUCGUGUAUGCCCUCUUUGCCUACCUGGGUACCGAACUGUGCGGUAUUGUCGCUGCGGAGUGCAAAGACCCGCGCCGCAACGUGCCCCGCGCCAUCAAACUAACGCUGUACCGUAUCGUGGUGUUCUACCUCGUCACCAUCUUCCUCCUUGGCAUGUGCGUCGCUUAUAAUGAUCCCCUUUUGAUGCAGGCAUCUAGUGCCGAAGUGUCCGCGGCUGCAUCUCCAUACGUGGUGGCGAUCGAGAAUGCUGUCAUUCCUGUCCUUCCAAAUCUGUUCAAUGCCUGUGUGCUAACCUUUGUGUUCAGUGCCUGCAAUUCGGACCUGUAUGUUGGAAGCAGAUCCCUUUACGGCCUGGCGAUCGACGGGAAGGCUCCUAAGCUCUUUGCCAGAACGAACAAAUGGGGUGUUCCGUACAACGCCCUUGCAUGCUGCACACUGUUCUGCUGCCUUGCAUACAUGAGUGUCUCGAAGUCUGCCAGGACUGCAUUUGGCUACUUCGUGAAUGUCACAUCCAUCUUCGGGCUAAUGUCGUGGGUGUCGAUUCUAAUCACAUACAUUUGUUUUGACAGGGCUUUCCGUGCACAGGGGAUACCGAAGUCGACACUCUCAUACGUGGCACCAUGCCAACCAUAUGCAGGCUGGGUCGCCCUGAUUUUCUGCAUCUUCGUGGCCUUGAUUAAGAAUUUUGAUGCCUUCAUAGGCAAGGAGGUAGACGUUCCGACCUUCAUCACGGGCUACAUUGGGCUUCCAAUUUACAUAUUCUGCUUUAUUGGAUACAAAAUAGUGCACAAGACGAAGUGGAUACCGUCAAAGGAAGUGGAUCUCUUCACAUUUAAAGAAGCUAUUGACUUGGAGGAAGAGGAGUGCAUCAGAGAGCGCGCAUUAAUGAAGGAGCAGCUUGCUAAGGGUGGGUUGUCAUGGAAAAAGAUAUAUGACAACGUGUUAGGAUGGAUCUUCUGA